AUGACGUCGCAAACGGAAGCUCAAGCGGAAGUUCCCAUUCUACAAAACGAUGAAGCAGCAUUGGAAGUAAGGCAAGGUCAGCAGUAUGUAAAACGGACGUCUUCCGCAUCUCAAACCAAAUCUAAAGAAGAAAAUAAACAACUGACGACGGCGUAUCACGUAUUAAAAUUAAUAAUUCUACCUUUGUUGGUUGGAACAGUUUUCUUUUUCUUACUGCACUAUCGCCACAACAUCGAAGACAGGGUGGCCGGAAUCACUGGUGGAGUUGUUGCUAUUGGAAUUUCAAUCCUAUUGGCAUUUUCUCAAUCAGCUCGCUGCAUUGUAUCCCUGCUCAUUCCUUCGUUAGGAACGCGAUUAGGGAAAUCUUCUCUAUUGGCCUUGUUGGCAAGCAUGCUCUUAGCCGGACCGGCCGCUAAUUUGAAUUACAACUUUAAACAGACGACUCAGUCACUGAUUUGUUUCGGUGAAGCAGCCUUUAAUCAAACAAGAUUGGCAUCGGAACGCUACACAGAAUCGAUGAGAGAUAUGAGCACACAAGUAGGAGAUAGCUUGGCCAAUUAUGUAAAUUUGGUCGAAUCAGUCCAGCACUCAAUUGAUUCCUUUGAUGAUUUCCUAAAGAAGACUUCAGAUUCAUUCGAUUCGACUCUCAACGACCUCAAUCUUCAAAUGAAUCGAUGCCGGGAGACAAUGACAUCGGUAAAUGGUAAUUGCCAGACGAAAAUGGACAGCCUGAAGAAGGAAUGCAUUAAUUUGAUCAAAGGUCGAGGGGUUUUUCGAAGGAAGAAACGAAGCUGGUUACCCGAUAUCAUUACCAACGUUGGUGAAAAUGUAAUCAACGAAGUUAAGAAAAUCGGGUUGGAUGUUGCGGAUCAUGUCGACAAGGUCAAAUUGACGGACGUUUGUAAUUUGUUUUCCUCUGAUUUGUGCAAGUUUACAGCGGAAAUAUGCGGUGUAAUAAAAAAGGUAGGAAAUAGGACCCUGUCUCCUUUGUCAGGCAUUCCGCAAAUCAUCCGGCCAUUAAUAGGCGAAUUAAAAAUCGGUGCAUCUUAUACUCGUCAACUAGAGUCCACGCUGAACCACACAAGCAGUUUUGAUGAAGUUAAACGGAACGUGAAGUCUGAAAUCGGAUACUUUUUAGAUCGACUUUUGUGGACUAUAGAGACGCUGUUAACUUACUUUAGCUUAAUCACCCUGGUGGUGGUUGUCAUCACAUCCUGGCUGUACCACUUCCGUUUCCAGCACAGUCUAAUCUUUGACAACAUUUACAUCAAUAAAGAUAUUAAGACUUACGACUCCUCACGCCAAUCAAAUGAUCCCUCGUUAUUCCCACUUCAAGGGUCGGCAGAAAAAAAGGAAGUGAUUGACUGUCUAUCUCUAGCACUGUCUACUUGUGAAAAGAAAUCACUUUUGAAAAGUCUACUAGUUUACUGCAUUGUUAUAAUCUUAACCACCAUUCUAAUUUUAGUCGACUGGGUUCUUUAUCAAGUGACAGAUAUUCUCCGACGGAAUGGACGGACGACUCUUCAAGUUGGAGUGGAUUCUGAGCAAAAAUUCAAAGUGGAAGGUCGAGGGUUUAUUUCGAGCAUUUUUAGAUUCCUGUUCAAAGAAUUCGACUACCAAUCGAGAGAGAUGAAUCAGAUCGACACAAUGCCCUGUCUUCCUAAUCCACUUCAACUCUCACUAGAACAUUUGAUUCGCCCAGCAAUCGUUAUGAUUGCUCUCGGCUUGGCUACCUUCUUGCAACCAUACUGUCUUCGCUCACGUCACGCCAUUGCCGCAUAUUUUUACCCGGAGCGUCAAAAAGAAAGAGUCACUUACCUUUAUAGCGAGAUGCUUCGUCGAAGGCAAGCCCUGAAAGCCAGCAUGCAGCACCAUAUUCCCGGAAGGUUGGAUGAAAACAGAAACGUCGCCGAAACAAUCAGCAAUGGCAGCAGAUUGGUCAAGACACUUAAUUGGUUGGGUUGUUUCCACCGUUGUUGCCUUUUGUGCGGCUGUCAAGGAUCUACCAACGGAGUUUUGAAGAUCUUUUCAAAAGAAGAAGAAUAUAAAAUCUGCAAUCGAAGCCCAGACUGCCCAGCUUUCUAUUGCGCUUCUUGUUGGAAACACCUAGGAAACUGUGCUGUUUGUGGGAAAAGUGAAACAAAUUAAUCUAACCAGUUAAAAACAUAAAAAGGAAUAUUGAUAAUUUGAUACAUCUUCCCAAUUCCCAGGUUGUUAAAUACACGAAAUUUUUAAAAAUUUAA